GACGAUUGUAUCGUCAUGAAUUCUCAGUGUUCUUCCAAUAAAUGCAGCUGUAUACAAAAUUAUGCCGCUCAUUCUAAUGACGUGUGUACACCACGUACGUAUAACAAUUAUUAUAAGUGAAAAAAUUUUUUAAUAAUGUACAUAGGAGAGAAAGGGUAGGAAUGGGGUACUUCCAAAAUUUUGUGAGUAAAUUUUGGUUUUUAAAAGAUUAUUUAAAUAUUCAAAAAUCACUUUUGGAGUGGCACGUGGCAAACCGCCAGGGUACUUUCUUAUGCAUCCUGUUAGCCCCCCCUCCUUUCCUCCCCUAUAUCCAUUUAUAUAUAAAUUUUUUAUUCUUAGUCUUACUGGAUAAAACAUGUACGAGUUAUAAAGAUUGUAAAAACAUUGAGAACUCUUACUGCUCGAUACACGAAAGAUGUUUAUGUAGCUCAGAUUAUAUUUCAAUAAAUGGCACAAAAUGUGUAGAACCUCUAAAUCAAUUUUGUACUAAAAGUAAACCAUGUAUGACACAAAAUUCCAUUUGUAUUAAUAAUAAAUGUCAAUGUAAACCCAAUUUCGUUAAACAUUUAAAUGCUGAAUGUAUACCGAUGGUAUUCGAUGAUAUUUGUUACGAAGAUUCUCACUGCGUUGAUAUUGGACAGAAGUGUUCCAGCAAUCAAACAUGUGUUUGUAAAGAUAAUUAUAUUGCACUGAGUAGCACAAAAUGUGCACCUCUUUUAAAUGGUUAUUGUUUGAGUGAUAAAGAUUGCUAUGUAAAAAACUCAAUUUGUGUCUCAAGUAGAUGCCAAUGUCUAUCCGAACACUUGCCUCAUUCUAAUUAUGAAUGUGAACCUAAUUUAUUGGGAAAACCGUGUGCAACAGACAUAGAUUGUAAAAAUAUAAAAAAUUCAAGAUGUUCAUCAGAUAAUGUAUGUGCUUGUGGAUUGCAUUACUUUGCGUUUGAUAAGUUUCUUUGUGAACCAAUGUUACAUGGAUUUUGUUCAAGUGAUACCGACUGUUAUUCUAAUUCAUUCUAUUGUUCUUAUAAUCGAUGUCAAUGUAAAAGUAAUUACACGGCAGUAUCCGUUAACCAAUGUGUUGAAACACACUUGUUGAGUUCUUGUACUGAUGUUUCGGAGUGCAGUGAUUCAUGGCAUUCAACCUGUUUACCUGAAGGAAAAUGUGUUUGUGCAUUGAAUAAUAUAGCAGUCACAGCAUCAGUAUGUCUGCCAAUUUUAAACGGAUAUUGCUGGGAAGAUGAUCAAUGCAUGGCUGAGAAUUCUGCUUGCAUUGAUUUUCGAUGCAAAUGCAAACAAAAUUUUGUUACUAUUGCUAAUAAUCAUUGCAUAUAUGUUGACACGAAGAAAAUGUGAAUAACGGUAGACCAUGUGGACCUGCUGGUGAACCUUUUCUCGUAGGGUUGAGUUGCUGUAACUGUAAUACAUGUCCAC